AUGACUGCUCCCACUUUAAAAGCAGAGGAAGGGGAUGAUGAGGACGAUUUAAGGAAAAAGAAAAAUAACCAUUUUUUUUUUUUCUCCAAAAGUGAAAAAAAGGUGACUGUGAAGAAAAUCCCCAAAAGUAAAAAUGACGUAGACAUCAACUUUUACGAAGAAGAACCAUACUUGGAUGAUAAAGUUAAUGACGUCGAUUACAUCAUUUUAAUAAUCCAUGGAAUAGGAUCCAAUGAAGAGAUCAUUACAAAUCAGUGUGAAGAUCUCAAAAAUAGUUUCAAAAUUGUAAAAAAAAUGUGGUUUUUUGAUUAUCCCUUUAAUAUCCAUUUUCACAUAUUCAAUUGGAAGAAGUAUAUAAUAGACGCACAGAUUCACGUCUUCAACCGGAUAAACAUCAACACCAUGGCGGAAACCCGAAAGAUCAUAAACCUCUCGGCAGGGGAUAUCAUAUGCUUCCUGCACCCAAGAUAUGGUGAUUACAUAAUGUCAAACCUGUACAAUGAUAUAAACAAGGCACUAGAAUCUUUAAAGAGUGACCCUAGCGGAAGGUUCAAAAAUUCCAAGGUCUGCCUCUUGGGUUACUCCCUCGGGAGCGCUAUGGCGUACGAAAUUUUGCACAAUGUCAAAGUAAGAAUCAGUGACAGCGAUUUGAAGUACCACCUAAAGAGUAAAAUCGACUACUUCUUCAUGCUGGGAAGCCCCCUAAGUGCGUUACUAUCAUUGUACAAGCCAGAUUACAUAAACGAGGGGUUAAGGUUAAUGGAGGGGAUCAAAUUUUACAACCUCUUCCAUGGGUUUGAUCCCGUUGCAUUUAGGAUAGAACCCCUCAUAUAUCCCAAAAUAAAGAACAUCCCAGAACCUGUCUUGAUAAAUUACUGGAGAAAUAAUGGAGCUAGAUACUGGUUUGAGUGGGAUAAAAAUAUGCAAAAUGCAAAAAUAGCAAUUGUCCAGAAUUUAAAUGAUUUUACAUCUGCCAUCACGAAUGGGUUCUACAAAUUUAUCGGAAAAUCUGAAUCGAAUGAAGAAGAACAAGGUACGUUGAAUAAAAACCUCUGCUACAACAAGUGCGAUAAUAAAAACAUAAAUAUGUUUCUGUCAAAGGUGAAGGAAAACCAAAGAAAAAUGGCUUUACAAAGAAGGAAAAUGGACAGAAGGAACAGCAAGUUUAAACCCGUAAAAGAUAAACCACCAUCUUACACAAAUGAACAGGAGUACGAAACGAAGGUUUACCAAAAUGGAAACAACACGAAGGAAUUUCAAAGUGAUGAUUAUUUGUCUGCAGAUAAUUCAAGUUAUGUGGACAGCACCAAAAGCAUUUGUGCAUCACAAGAUUCGAAUAGCUCACUUUCCUUUUUUGACCAAAAUUUUAGUGACAAUUCGGGUGAAGACUCACAACGGGGGAAGGCACCCACCGAGGAAGUCACAAAAAAGGGAAACACUCUCCCCCCCUACAGUGAUGCUAAUGCAUCACAUACGAGUAACAAACAGGAUAGAGGAAAUUCAAAUAAGAAGGCGAAUUCCAAUAAGGCAGAAGAACUUCCCCUCCGAUACGACUAUCAACUACAGGAAUUCAUCAUGGAACAUUAUAUCUACCCCCUAGCCGUUGCAAAAUCACAUUUUAAUUAUUUCAUAAUAAAGGACAUCUCAUUUUUCAUACUUAAGGAGCUACUAAACAGGACGGUAACCCUAAGCUAUGAGGAUUACCUAACUCAAAUAGAACAGGAAUAUAACAACAAAUCCCUAAACGAGCAAGAUCAUGAUAAAAAGGAACGCUACUUGAAAAUAUCCUUCAAGGCGAGCAAAUCGCUUGACGAAUUUCGUAAGUAUGAGAAGAAUGUACAAGCCAUGUCGGAUCCUUUUAACAUGAAAAAUUUUAAAAAUCUCAUUUGA